GGAAUGUUACAGUCGUUGCUGUUCCCCCCUCCUCUUAACAGUGCCACUUAACGACACCAUGACCAUUUUUGAUCGACGGUUCUUUGGUUCAAAGGCGUCAAGCGAUCAAAUCUUUCCUUAGACCUGUUCCAAGUUUCCGCGAAGCAUUCCCCGCGUCUCACUCUCAGUCUCUCCUCCCCACCACCACAUUCCUGAGAAGUAUUGCUCCCACUGCGCCCACAACAAUGCCGCCCUUCGAGCGAGACGCUCCGAGGGAUUCGGACGUAGCGUUAAGACAUCAACAUUCCGCGUCAUUUGACCAUGGCCGCGCCUUGAUCCCAAUGUGGGAUAGCUCCGACCCUGAACGAGCACCUCCGCCACUCCCCUUGAAUCCGCAGUCACCUAGCUGUACAUCGCGUGCCGGCACCUCGAGCGCUAUCCAGUCCGCCCAUGCAGCACUGACAGAGAAGGCGAGAGAGAGCGCCUUGGUGCCCGUCCUCGCAAAACGGAUGGGUGAAGCGUCUCCCGAAAAACCAUCAGCAAGAGGAUCGUCACAUCGACGCAUGCAGUCACUACAGCCCGGGACUGUACGCGAUCUUAGCCUGAUGAUAGAAAGCGGACGGGACUCAUCGUCGUCAACACCUAGGUCUCCGGAGAAGACCGACCGCCCAGCAACGCCUCUGAGGAGUCGGGAUCCGUUUGUCGACUCCAAGGCCGAUGAGAAGGACGAUAGGGCUCUCGUUUCUUCUCCGAGACCAGGCUCAACCAUCACACCCGUUAUCCGGCCCACUGUCCGACGACCACAUCACAGUAUCCUCGGGGAAAACACCCCUCCCCAGUCGGCAACGAUGCUGGCUCUUCAAAACAUGUCUACUCCCUCGCAAAAGGAGCCGGAGAGCGCUCUUGCAAACAUCACAAACGGCUCAACAGCCAUGAUUAGGGCACCGCAGUCCAUCGAUGCCCUCUCAAACCAGAUCCUCAGCCUUACCAGCAUUGCGACCUCGCUGCAAAAGGAGAUGUCCCAGCUCAGCCGGCGGAGUCGGGACAAUGCUACAGAUUUGAUGAGUCUGAAGGAGGCCACCACUUCCAGAGAUGAAGAUAUUCGAAAGAGCCUGCGCGAUUUGAUUCACAACAUGGCUGACAACAAGCCAAAAUCGACAACGCGAGAUUCCUACGGAGGCCCCUUUUUGACCGACGGCAAAACCCACAGCUCCUCGCCGUUUUCAGUGUCAAAGAUGGGCAAGGUUUCACUGCCGCGAAUCCCGUCGCCGAGUAGCUUCGCAGCAUCUAUAGACCGGGAAACAAUGAGCACGCCAUCGCUUUACGGCCCUGACACCCCCGCCACUCUUGCCCUUCUGGAGAAGAUCCUUCGGGAGAUGGGGACGAGAGAGGGCCAGGAAUUGCUACUAUCUCGUCUCGCAGAACUAGCCGACAAGCUUGCUGGCAUGGCCUCGGCAGAAAAGGUCGACGAACUGCGACGGUUUGUCGAGUCUAGCCAAGAUCAGUCCAUGGUCGGGGCUGGAGGCGGUGGACGAGGAGGCAGCGGGCCUAGCCGCCCUCGGAAUUUCAGCUUCGACGAAGACGACGAGCCUAGACGGCGAGAGUUGGAUUACAGCCAUCAUCCCUCCGGGCCGGGUUCAGCUCGCGUUGAACGCCUGCUACAAGACAAAGAAGCACGGCGAUCUUCUGCACCCCCCACACAUGCGGCGGAUGUCGUGAAUGAGGAUGUGCUGAAAGUUAUCCGAGCCGUCAAAGACAGCGUCGCCCAAGGGGGUGGGCUCACUGCCGAAGUCAAAGCCCUGGUACGAGAACUACGCGGCGAAGUCUUGGGGAUGGGACGUGAGAUCGGCCGUCGCUUGGACGAAGUCAGCGUCAAAUCCGUUGGCAAGGACGAACCCGCGAGUAGGGCAGAGAUGGCGAAGGUUGUAGAGGAGGGUCUCGCUGAGAUGAAGCAGCACAUCCACCACCUUGUCAAGGAGCAUCGGCGACAGUCUACCGCUUCCGCAGCCUCCCGGACCAGUACCGUCGACUACCAAGAGAUAUACAACGCCAUGAGAGCCGCGCUCAAAGACACGCAGGCAAAUAAACCCCAGAUGCCUGAAUUGAGCCGUGAGGAUGUCAUCCAAGCCGUCAAGGAAGCUUGGGAGAACUACAAGCCGGAAAUUGAAAUUGAGCAUUUGGGCUUGGAACGAGAGGAGAUACUUGCAUGCCUUAAGGAGGGCCUACAAACCCACUCAACUCGGGAUGAGCACCCCGUCGGUGCCACGAGAGAAGAGGUCUUCAAAGCCGUCAUCGAAGGCUUGAGGCACUUCGUUCCCCCUCAAGUGGAGACUCCAGCCAGUCUCUCCCGCGACGAAAUCCUUGAUGCUGUUCGCGAAUGUCUAGAGGAAUUCGAGUUCCCCGUGGCUCCAUCGGCAAUCGGUGCAGAAAUCAGCAAAGACGACAUGGUUGACGCCGUUAAGCAGGGCCUCAAUGGGAUCGAAUUCCCAUCCAGAGGCUUAGGUGACCUUGCCAGGGGGGAUCUAGUCGAUGCCGUCCAGGAAGGACUCGACUCGUAUGACUUCCCUACCUGCCAGGCCGGAACCGACCUAUCCCGCGACGACGUCGUCCAAGCCGUGCGAGAGGGGCUGCAAGGAGUUGACUUCGCGUCCGGCUCCUCCGCCUUGGUCCCCUCGAACAAGGAUAACGCCGAGAUCGUUUCGCGCCUCCAAGACAUCAUGCACUACUUGCAGGACGAGUUCAGGGCCAUCUCUGACGAGGCAAAGCAGAAUGUUGCUGCUAGCGGCCGGGAUACCGAGCAAGUUUUGGACGCGACCAAGGACGGGUUUGAAAAACUCCGCAGAGACAUCGAGUCCUACGUCGACCGCGUGAGCGGCACUGAUGGCCGAGAGGAACUCAUGGCCGGUCUUUCUCAGAGCUUGGAAGGAUUCCGUGAAGAAGUUGCCGAGCUCGUGUCCAGGGGCUCAGACAACUCUAGGGAAAUUCUAAGGAGCGAGGUCGAGUCUCUUCGCGAUGCUGUUAACUCAUCCUUGGUUCCGGCCUCGCCAAAGCACGCGGAUCACAGAGAAGUUCUGGAAGCGCUCCAAGACGGACUCGCCAGUCUCCGUUCAGAGAUCGGCAGCAGGCCCAUGGCGGGGAUCAACGAGAUCCUCGACGCUCUCCACGAGGGUCUUGGCGAUCUCCGAGUCAGCAUCGACAAGCUGCACAACAAGCCUACAGACCUCACGGCCAACGAUGAGAUCCUGGACGCUCUCAAGAGCGGGCUUGAAAGCGUGAGAUCUGAUAUUGACGUCAUGCGCGAAGAGAGCAAGAAUGACAAGGCACUUACUACCAUCAGUGCCAAUGCUGUAGUCCCGGCCGAUGUGCUUAAACACGAGGAUAUCAAGAACCUGGAGGUCCUCAUUUCUCAGCUACGCACCAAGGUCGAGACUAUGGAAGCCCCGCCUCCUGCCGCUGCUUCAGGUUCGGCACCUCUUUCGAAGGAUGAUGUAGCUGAAAUGGAAGAGGUGCUGCGUAACGUGCAGGAAUCGGUGAUCGGAAUGUCUGCAACACGCGAUGCGCCUUCUAGUACCGAUGCCGCCUCGAGAGAAGACGUCGAGGCUAUUGAGACCAUUCUCCGCAAUACCAAGGCUCGCCUGGACGAUCUUAUCGACGGAGAACAGGCCGUUCGCAAAGAGCACAUCGAUGUCUUGGAGGGCCUCAUCUUCGAGACUCGUGACAGCCUCGGUAGCCUGUCGUCCCACUUGGAAUUGCUGUCCUGCAAGGAGGAUGUCUCUGCCGUCGAAUCCCUGGUCACACAGGUGGUCGCAGCAUUCGACGAGAUGAAAGAGCGGCACGAGAAAGCCCUCGAAGACCCAGAGAAGGUCACCAAGACGGACAUUGACGCGGUCGAGGCUGCCUGCCUUGAUAUCAAAGAGCUCGUGGGGCAAGUGGCCAAGAAUGAUCUUGCAUCGCUUUCCUCCAAGGACGACGUCGCUAGCCUAGAGCGUCUCGUGACUGAACUGAAGGACAAACUUGACUCCCACGCCGAGACCAACGCAAAGGCGUUCGAAGAACGUCAGGCGGAGACGGUCGGAGUUAGCGACCGCGUCACUGAGGUGAAGACGUUCCUAGAAGACCUCCAAGGCCUCCUCAAGGGCAAACUCGAGGAAGGCGCAAAGGGGAUUGACGGCAUCAGCUCCCUUCUCGAAACCUUGAACGAGACCAUCGGAAAGAACGCCACUAUCGGCGACGAUCUCAAGGAGAUGUUCAUGACAAUCAAGGACGAAUUCGAAGAGUCGAAGGCGGGCGUCGUUGGCGCGAAGCUCGAGACGGACGAGAAGCUCCAGGAAACCACGGAUUUGCUCAUCGAGAAAAUCGAUGAACGUAUUGGGGAGUUGGUGAUCAAGUACGAGGAGUUCCAGGUUUCGAUGGAGGACCGGGCCACCAAGGGUGAAGCCAGGGACCUCGAGACGGAGGCAGCAGUCGUGGGCACCAAGGCGGUAGCCGACGAGCUGAAGACUCUUGUUGACGCCCUUGGCUCUGCGGUUACCGAAUCUCUGGAGAAGAUGGAGGAGGCGUCCAAGACGGUGUUCAUCCGUGUCGAGGACCUGGUCAACAAAUCCGAAGAGAACCACUCGGAUGAUAAAGCCGAACACCAAUUGACUCGCGAUCAAGUGGGGCAGGCCAUUAGUACAGUUGAGGGUCUGCAGGGACACGUCGUGGAAUACCAGCCCAAGAUCCUGGAAACCAUUAAAGAAGUGCUGCUCGUCGUCGGCCAGCAUUACGAGCAUUCAAAGUCUUCAGCUGUCGAUAUCCGGGAAAAGAUCGAGGAGGCGAAGCCGCCAGAACAGCCCCUCUUGCCGCCCGUGGAGAAGUACGACGACAGCGAGGUUCGCCAAAAGCUCGACAAGCUCGUGGAUCAUACUCACGAGGCUGGCAAGGCAUUUACACGGCUGGACACCCUGGACAAAGUACAUCAGCAAGUGCUACAGACUGCAGCAGAGAUCUCUGCCUUCAUUGCCACUCAGACGCAAAGGAUUGAGAAUGAGCACGACGACAGGGAGAAAACUUUGCAGGAGACCACCGUCGUGCUCGAACGCCGUCUCGAAGAGAAGCAACACCUGGAGUCUACUAUUUCGACUCUUAGGGAGGAGGCGGAGCGGCUCAGGCUUGAAAAGCAGGAGGAUGGAGAACGGGCCAAACGCGAGCACCAGGAGGAGGAAGAGAGGUUCCGACAAAGCCUCCGAGAAGAGGAAGAGAGGCUCAAACAAAGUCUCAGGGACGAAGAGGAGAGAUUCAAGGACCGUCUCCGGGACGAAGAAGACAGGUUCAAGACCACCCUCCGCGAGGAGGAGGAGCGCCUCAAGCUCGGCAUCCUCGAGCUGCGAGGCGAGCAGGAGGCGUUGACCCGACAGAAGAUCCGCCUCUCCGCCGACGUCUCGUCCCUCGAAACGGCGCUGCGCCUGCGCCGCGAGGAGCUCCACGACAUGGAGAGCCGUGCCGAGGGCCUGGAGCGCCGCAUCCUGGAGGGAGUCAUGGACCACUCGCGGGUCCUCCUCAUGGCCAAGGCGAACAGGGCAAAGGGCCGUGACGCCAUGAGCCGCAAGCGUGUGCCUUCCCAGAAGCCCGCUGCUCCGCCGACGGCGGCGGCGGCGGCCGUGAACUCUUCCGACAGCAAGCCCAAGGCGGCGUUCAACAUUGCCAUGUCGGGCAAUCGCAACCUGGCCGCGUCGACCCCGAGCGGCCAGGGGCGCAGGAUCCUGUCUCUGAACCAGAUCACGAACAACGUGGCCUCGGGCGGGCUUAACCGCAGCCAGAGUGUCAGGAACACGGGCGGAAACAGCGUUCGCAAAUCCAGCUGGGCGGGCGGCGGCGGCGGCGCGGGUAGGAUCCGCGGGCCCAAGGGGUACGGCGACCUGGACAGGGGCAAGGAGAACAUUGAGCUUAAGGAGAGCGAUGAGGAGGAGGAGGAGGAUCAGCAGCAGCAGCAGCAUGGACGGAUCGCCAUCAUCGGCGCGGACAGCGACCUGACGCUGGCCGACAGCUAUCACGGGCAGGACUCGGGCGACGACGCGAGCGACGCGGACACGCUAAGGCGCUCGAGCAGGGGCACGACGGUCAUCACGGGCACGGACAGUGUCGCUGGCACGGAGGACGACUAUGACUCUGGGGAUGACGACUCGGCGAGCGAGUGGACGGAGAGCGCUGUUGGGACGGAGAGUGUCGUGACCCUGGAGGAUGGAUACGGCGGGAAUGAAGUCGUGCUUUUCCAGGGAUGAUGAGACGGAUCACAAGUUGUUUUCUUGGUGCUGGGUAUUAUGCAGUAUUGGGUAGGUUGUUCGAGACAUCGCUGGCAGAUUGUAGUUAAAAGCCUUGGUAAAGGCUGGUUGCGCUUGUUUGCAGUUUAUUUACUCCUGAUGAUUGCACGGACUCGGGUAUUGUAUUCUCAGGGGUAUUCUCAGGUCGAUGGAGCUUAGGUACUUUAGUGUCGAGACCAUUCAGAGUCAAUUUGAUGUUGUUUGAUUCCUA